CAUGUAACAGCUGAGAGAGGGAAAAGACAUCAAGGAAAGGACUGAGUGAAUGUGAGUAGUUCAUCCCUGGAGAGAGCAGAGCAGGUGAAGCAUAUAACUGGCGGACAAACAGCUCUGACAACUGGCCCUCCGGUCCAGAGAGACAGGAGUGGUCACUCUCCUCACACUAUCUGUGUGUGCGUGCGUGUGUGUGUGUGCGUGUGUGUGCGUGCGUGCAACCUGAGCACACAGAGUCCUCGCUUUCCAACAGGGAGUGAACCAAACUCCAACUUUCUCUUGCAGGCUGCAGUUCAGCACUUUGCUGGAGAGGAUGGAGAGCUUAGACUCUAAACGCAGCUGCUGCAUUAAAGAGGAGUUGUAUUAAAAAAUAAAGAAGAACAAGAGGGACCGUUAAUGGUGGCGCGUGGUAAUAACAAAUUCGUGUGCACGUUUUUUUAAGAGUCAUUAGAUUUCCGUGCAUGUCUGCUGUCCUCUCCGUGGCUCUCUGCGAGGCAGCAGCGGAGGACGCGGCGGUAUCCUAUUUUUAGAUCCAAUGUUGCAGUGGAAGAAUCAAUGAAAGUGGUGCUAAAGCAGUGUUCUCAUGACAAUCUGAUGCUUUCUUUUAGUGCUGCAAUCCUCUGAGACUGCAGUUUGCCGGCUGAUGGGUGCAGGACGUUUCUAUCCAUCUCAUCUCUGAUGCCGAAUGAUGCCUUUUCCUCUCACGCUCUCCAGGAAAGCUCUCCGGUGGACUGCAAACUUUUGCGCCAUGGAAUCCAGCGCACUUUAUGGCUGCGACGCUUCUGGGACCUCCUCGAGCAGUUUUGUGUCUUUUUUUGCCAGUCUUAGAUUUAUUUCUAAAGAACACUGCAGUUGUGGGAUGUGAAUGACAAUUGCAUGAUAAGGAGAAAAAAAAUCGUCGAGGCACACACAGUUUUGUUCUCAUCCUCUUGUAGACUUCUAUCAAGUGUGAGCGCAUUUUCUCUGUUUUGCCGGCUCCUAUGGGAAUUAAGCACUCGUCCCGGUGCAUGCUCCUCAGGAGAAAGAUGGCGGAGUCUGAGAGCAUUGAGCAACCACAGCCACAGCCGCGGCCAAUCCGGAUAAUUCCAUCCCAGUCGGCACAGCCCACCUCGUUGCCCAAGCCGGUGCCUUCCAUCCAGCAUGCCUCACGGCCUCCUCUGCCGCCACACACGCCCCAUGCUGCCAGCCUUUCAAACUGUCCCGGGCGGGGGAAGAUGUCCAAGUUCCUCAGCCCAGAGGAGAUGACCUCACGAGACUACUACUUUGACUCGUAUGCCCACUUUGGUAUACAUGAGGAGAUGCUGAAGGACGAAGUGAGGACGCUCACCUACAGGAACUCCAUGUACCACAACAAGCACGUCUUCAAGGACAAGAUAGUGCUGGAUGUUGGAAGUGGGACCGGGAUCCUGUCUAUGUUCGCGGCCAAAGCGGGGGCAAAGCACGUGUAUGGGAUUGAAUGUUCCAGUAUAUCAGAGUACUCAGAGAGGAUCAUCAAGUCCAACCACCUCGACAGCGUGAUCACCAUCUUUAAAGGCAAGGUGGAGGAGGUGGAGCUCCCUGUUGAGAAGGUUGACAUCAUCAUAUCUGAGUGGAUGGGCUACUGCCUCUUCUAUGAAUCCAUGCUCAACACCGUCAUCUUUGCCAGGGACAAGUGGCUGAAACCCGGUGGAUUAAUGUUUCCUGACCGUGCCUCUCUGUACGUGGUGGCCAUAGAGGACAGGCAGUACAAAGACUUCAAAAUACAUUGGUGGGAGAACGUGUAUGGCUUCGACAUGACCUGUAUCCGCAAUGUGGCCAUGAAGGAGCCACUGGUGGACGUGGUGGAUCAGAAACAGGUGGUGACCAACUCCUGCCUCAUCAAGGAGGUGGACAUCUACACAGUGAAGACUGAGGACCUCUCAUUUACCUCAGCGUUCUGCCUGCAGAUCCAAAGAAACGACUACAUCCAUGCACUGGUCACCUACUUCAACAUCGAGUUCACCAAGUGUCACAAGAAGACUGGUUUCUCCACCGCACCAGAUGCUCAAUACACCCACUGGAAGCAGACGGUGUUUUACCUGGAGGACUAUUUGACGGUGCGGAGAGGAGAGGAGAUCACUGGCAGCAUUGACAUGAAGCCCAAUGAGAAAAACAUUCGCGACUUGGACUUCACCUUCGAGCUGGAUUUCAAAGGGCAGCUGUGCGAAGCGGCCAUAUCCCACGACUACAAGAUGCGUUAAGUUCCACCGGGGGACGUUGGUGCCCCACUGAGUACGACCCCUGAGCACCAGAAGGAGACAGAGACACUCCCAUGACUCCCAUGGACGGACACAUGGUGGGUGGUAAGCGGGGCAGAGAAUAAGAGAAAAGACCAGGCCAAAGACCAAGCAGAGGUGGCCCCAGUGACAACACAACUAUUGUCACAGCAGUGUUUGAUGAAAGCAGAAAGUUACUCAUGCUGACUGUUAAACAAAUCUGAAUGUAACGCCAACAAAAAGAGGUCAGGAACAUCUCCUCGUCUUGAUGAAUGUUAUUGAUUAUUGAUGUGCGUAUAUGUGAGAUGGAGUGACGUACCUGUGUGUUUUUGCUCAGUAUUUGUUUUUCCACAAUAACCUGGACCUUAUGGAGGGAUAGUUGCCAUGUUUUUGAAGCAGAGCUCAUGUAAUCAAUUACUGUAUUGUCCUCAUUCCGCUAUAGGUAGACAAUACAUUUAAGGUGUAAUUCUUACGUCAUAUUAGGGAAUGAUUAUCAGAGUAACACUUUCAUUUAUAGUUGUGUCAAUUUAGCAAUGUUGGAACAGCAAUCGAACGCCUCAACCAAGGACGAACCUGCGUAUAUGUGUAACGUGAAAGGUGUUUGCAUAGUCGGUGUACUAGUAGCUUUCUGUGAGCGUGUAAUAGAAGGUUGCACAGCUUGGACUCCAGAUGUUCCCUGUGUUGUCAGUUUGAGCAGUGAUGUUGACAUGUCAAUAACAUAGUUACCCCAUCCAAAAUGCCUUGACCAAGUGCCGAAGUGUUAGUUCUUUUCAGCUUUUCCGCUUUUUUUCCCUAUAGUUUCCUAUACAAUAGAUGCUAGCCACUCUCCUUUGAUUGGUUGUUUAGAUAUUAGAGAUUUCUUAAAACACAGACUCAAGCCAUGAAACUUAUUUGGUCUACAUCUGAUCUAUGUCAAGUCACCCGGUUUGACUGUUAUCAGGCCAUUAAAUAAGCAUUAUCGGUCACUAUAAGCCCCAUAGAUGUGGGUCAAUAGGGGCCUACUACGCCUACUAUGUCUACUACGUUGUAAAAGUGAAAGCAAAACUUAAAAGCAACACCUUCUAACACGUUAUAAAACUGUAUGAAACGUUACGUUUUGAACAAUAACAUAAAGUAGUCUUUAGGUUUAGGCA